UGUUUGUAAAAGACUGUUUCCCCAUUGAACUGACAUGGUACUUUGGCAAAAAAUCAAUUGACUAUAUGUGUGGAUUUAUUAGUCUAUUAGAUCUAUUAGGGCUUUUUUUUGGUGUGUAGAUUUCAAAGGUUGGUCUACAUAUAAUUAUGCUCUCUGUUAAAACCAGUAGUUUUAAUUCAUCCUUCCCAAUCUUUAUGCCUUCUAAUUUUAUUUUUAUUUCUUCACUUUUUCCAAAGCAGUUGUCCCAGGUGGGAGCCAAAAUCUGUAUCUCAUCACUAAUCUUAGAAAAAAGCAAAAUGUUUCACUAUUUUGAAGUUACCUGUAGGUUUCUUAUAGAUGUUCUUCAUCAGAUUAAGAAAGUUCAUUUCUACUUGUUGUUUUCUGAUCGUUAUUAAUUCAUAAAGCCUGUUGAAUUUUGUCAGAUGCUUUUAUUUGCAUCCAUUGAGAUAAUUACAUAUUUUUUUCUGUUUAUUAUAUGGUGAAUUAUCUCGAUUGGGUAAAAAGAAUGAAAAUCAUUGUGUCAUUAAACCUUUCGCCUGUCAGCUAUGGGUUUCCCUCUUCCUUUUUGUUUAAUAACAGUUCUGCCAAACAAUAAAAAUCUAGAAACACACAUUCUCCUUUGGCCUCCUUAAAAAAAAAAUACUAAGACUUCAAUUGCACCUCUCUCUAUUACUUCCUCAUAGUGAACCCCCAUCCUUCUGGGAAAGCAGAAAGCCUGGGGCGCAUUUGUGUCCUUGAGACACGGCGCCUGUCUCACCUUCGGCUUCCCUGGGGGACCUAUUUUCCCUCCCCCAGCCCUCCUCGCGACAGCUGCGGCCAGGCAUCCUCUCUCCUGGCAUCCUCUGCUGUGCGCCCCGGCCAGCAGGGUGCGUGGGAGCGGCCCGGGCGCGCCCCUCCCGGCCCUGCAGGUCACCUGGCGACCGCCCGGGAUCUCCCGGGACCCGCGCGGCGCCGCUGGGGAGGACUGGCCAGAGGACUGCGGUCCACGCCGUCCGUGGCAAAAGGGCGAAGCGCCGGGUUUUCCAGCUGCGCCCGUUGGGCCGCGCGAUCCAGUAGCUCCGGUAACUCCAGGCCGUGCGCCUGCGUGGAGGAGCCGGUCCUGGAACACGCCGCGAGGAGCACCCGAACCAGAGGGGCCCCAGACAGGGAGUACCUCAAGUCAGGGAGCAUUCUAUGCCCGGGAGCGCCCCAGACUGAGAGCGCCUCAGAACGCGACACGCCCGGAGACGGAACGUCGCCUGACCGAGGACCGUGCCCACCUGCAGGCUCCACUGGGCUGGGUUCGCAGCCAGGAGCUGCCAGACGCCUGACAUUCUUCUUUCGUUUUGUUUGUACUUUUUUUCCUUCUUCUUCUUUUUUGUUUUUGUUUUCGUAACCCUCUCUGGGUGCCUUAUCUCUUUAAUCGCACCUCUGUUUCGCGUCCCAUGGUAGUCAGGAGGUGAGGAUCGCUGCUUCUCACCUGUUUUCUGAAUCUGGCCUCCGCAGUCGCGACCUGGAGUGAAGGAGGAGCUGCCGCCCCCGCCCCAGCCUCCGGGACGCCGCUCUGAAGGUAAGGGUGGGUGCUGCUGCCACUGGCACCCCCUCCGCACCCCCCAGGGGAAGGGAACAUUCCCCAGACAAGAUCAAUUUGGGGGGUGGAGAGAGAGAGAGAGAGAGAGAGAGAGAGAGAGAGAGAGAGAGAGAGAGAGAGAGAGAGAAAAUGAAUGAAUAAUUGAUGAGACAGCAUUCCGUCUUUCUCUGAAAGUAAAGUUUUAGGAAUUAAGAUAUCCCCAAUUAUUUUCUUGAGAGGUGAGAACGACGGAAAUAAAUGAUAAUAAUAGUUGUAGUUUUUUAAAUGCUUACUGUGUGCCUGACAAUGUAGACAAUUUUUAGAUAUCUUAUUUUCACUUAAUCCUCCUAAGGGCCACACCAUUAUUAUGCUUUAGUAAAAGGGAGGAGGAACUCAGCUAUUUAUCCAAGAGCAUCCAGCUACUAAGUAGUAGAUCCUAGACUCACACCUACUUUUUUUCUGAUUCCAGAGCCUUUGUGUUUAUUCUGCCCGGCCUUCAGAAGUUAAAAUGCCGAGCAAGUUGCAUCGCAGUUAUCAGAUAAAUUAGAUAAAUUAAUGAGGGGGCAAUGGCAGCCAGAUAUAGAGAUCCAAGAUUAUUAUGUUAAUUUCUCUGACUUCUCUUGCUCUAGUCUCAAGACUUUUGCAAAUAUCCAUUUUGUGUCAUACACGGGGAUGUUAUUGGAAGCACACGUCUCAACCUCAGGGCCUUGGAUGGGCUAGGAGGGGUAAAUUUGGGGAACUGGGUUUGUGCAGGUUCUGGGGGCAGUGUGUUCCCUCUCCCUGCACAAAUACACAUCCAAAGGCAAAGAACAACAGGUCAGGGAACGCGUAUUGAAAAGGCAGGGUCCCUGCCCUCAGGGACCUCAACGGAGAGUGGGAGCUAGUGCAGGAGUGAGUGAUGGAGAUGGGCUUGGACAAGAGCAUGUACCAUUUGGGGCUGUUGCAGUUGGAGAGCUUCUUUGAAAAGGCAAAUAUUGAGCCAAGUUGCAAGGACCAUAGGGACCUGGCAGCUGGGAGAAGUGGGGAGGGUGGCUCAGGUGGCAGGAUUAGCACAGGCAUAGGCAGAUUUGGGGGGAAGCAUAAGGCUGAUAACAGACACGUGUGUGACAAGGACUAUGAGGUGGCAUUGAUUUUCUUGGCCUUACAGACGAGAAGCCAAAUUCCACACAAAUUCUUUCUUUGUUAGAAUUUAAGUGUGUGUGUGUGUGUUAUGGCCAAGAUCAUUUUUUCCUUUCUGCAUUAGGUUGUUUUAUCAUCAUGCAGGCUGAGUAAAAAGACUGCAUGGAACACUGUAGAGGAAAAAUUAGAUUAAAAAAACACUGGUGUUAUGAUUUUCAUCCAGGCAUUUGGUCUCAGGAGGUGCUUGAUUGUAUGUGUUGCUAAUGAGUGGCUUAUAUCGAGGUGUCUACAUUGAUUCAUGUGUGUCCCUGUGACUAGCUGCAAUCUGAGGCUGGCCAUUUCAUUUCCUCGAGUCUUGGAUUCUUCUUUAGAAAGAGCUUUGAAAUGGCUCUUUCCCUGUACAUGAUGUGUUUCUGUGAAUUACUUCUUCUAGAGAAUGGUCAGUUUCUCAGGGUGGGACCCAUAAACAAGGGCAGCUGGGUAGAGCCAGGGGUUCAGGUGACCAUUUGGACCCUCUGGAAGGGCCUUUUAUUGUGUUGCCUUGGGAGAAGAGAGAGUGGUCAGCUUGGAUCUGACCUUCAGCCUGGGUCACCCAAUUUUUAGAACGAAACAGUUUUUUUUUUUUUUUUCAUUUAGAGAAAACUUCAUGCCUUUGAGUGAUUUAGGUAAGUUUGUGACUAUUAGUUAUGUGUGUGUACACACACAUACAUACAUACGUAGGUGCACAAAUAUUUAAUAUGUCUUAAACACAUGAAAUACAUGCAUUUAAGAUGAGUUAAACUUACUUUUCUAAGAAUACAAUUAAGUGCCUUAGGUCGUUGUCUCUCUACCUGACUGCACAUUAGAGUCACGUGCGGAGUUCUGAGGAAUCAGGAUGCCCAGGCUGUCCUUCAGAAUGCUGGGUAGAGCCCAGGCAGCAUGAUUUUUUUUCCAAACUUGGGUGACAACUGGUUCCCUAGACUUCCCAUUAGUUGCUAAAAUACACUUUCCAAGAUAUCAUGAUUUAAAAAGCAUUUCAAAAAUACACUAUAGGCAAUGGAUCAGAUGAUCACCUAGAUUCCAAAUUGUAUAUAUUUUAUGGAUUUAAUUCAUUCAAUAAUUCGGCAAAUAACAAACAAGCAGACAUCAAGUGAAAAUAUGUCAGCUAGUGAUAAGUGCUGUGAAUAGACAAACUAAAGGUGGGAGGGUAGAGGAAUAUCGGUGUGCGUGAACGUGUAUGUGUUUGCACUUGGGCAAGCCAGCAGAGUGCUCAGGGAGGACCUGUACAUUAUAACCUCAUGUCAGCAAACCACAAGGGAAAUAUAGGACAAUUUAAGUGGCAAUAGAGAAGUAAUUAGUAGCUCUCUGAGAAAAGUAAGUUUAGUCAUACCCUAUCUUCAUGUCAAACAAGAAAAUUAAUUAUUUGUGGAUAAAAAAAGGUAAACAUAAAAACAAAACAGAACAAUAUUGAGCCAUAGAAUUGAAGACAAUAUAUAAACAUCUAUUUGACCACCAAGAGGAAAGGAUAUUCUACACUUAAAAGUAAUUAAAAAAUCAUGGCUGGGCAUGGUAGCUCAUACCUGUAAUCAGGCAAAAGAAUGAUGGGUUUGACUACGUCAAUAUAAAUAUUUCAUCUAUUAGCAUAACAAAAGAGAGAAAGUAAACAACAAGUUAGAUGAACAUCUGAGAACCUCACAAAAGACAAGAGAUGGUUCAUAAACAUGAAAAUAAAAUGGCUGGUAAUAAGUGAUUAAUAUAUGCCUCAUUUAUACCCAAAUAAAUGCAAAUUCAGAAAACAAUGAGAUAACAUUUUUCUAUUUUGGCUGUCUAAUUAGAUUUUAAAAGUAAAGUUGCUCAGUGAUCUCCUGGGUGUGGUUGAUAGAUACUGUCUUGUGCUGUUGAGUGAGAGAAUAUGAAUUAUUGCAGCACUUCUGGAAUGCAGUUUGGGAGCAUGCAUUUGCCAGGUUUAAAUGUAGUCAACUCAAUCACUGUGCUGCCAUCAAGUAACACCCAGGAAAUAAUAAGAAAUGUAGACAACAUUGAGGUGGUAUUCACACUAUUCACCAGACACUUGCAAUAGUAACUCAUUUAACCUUCACAUCAGCUCCAGGAGAUGGUAUUAUUAUUCCUUUCUGUGGAUAAGGAAUUUGAGGCACAGAGCAGGUAAGUCAGUUGCCCACAGCUGUUCAGCUGGUAGAGGGUAGAAUGGAGAGUCAAAUCCAGCCAGGCUGGCACCUGAGCCCAUGUUGCAAAAACACUGAGCCAUCCUGCCUUAUCCGUGAAGACGAUCAUAGGAUUAUCUCAUAAUACAAUGCAUCUGGUAAAUGGUAAUAUAUUCACAUGAAGUGAUAUUAGGUGGCAAUUAGAAUGAUUUUAACAAAGAGUUUUGUGACACAGGAAUAAUGCUUAUUAUAUCAUAUUAAUUGGAAAUGUAGGAUAUGCAAUCAUUUAAGCAUCUUAAUUAUGUGACAACAUUUAUAAAAAGUAUAAGAAAACAUGCUAAAAUAUUCUGCAUGUUGAGAAUAUUUUCUUCUUCCAGUCUUCAUUUUGUAGAUGACCUACAUUGUGUGUAAAUUGCUUCAGCAAUCACAAAAAUUAAAAAACAAGAAAGAAACAAUAGUGAUGGAAGAGCAAAAAUAUUGAUAUUAAACAUAACAAUAAAAAACCCUUAAAAUUCUUACAUGUAAGACACUUAAUAUUUUAUAUUCUUCUAUAUCUAUUUUAUUAAUACUUGCUAGAGUACCUAUUACAUUUAUCAGAAUAAUUCUUUUUCUGUAAAUGAAUUUAUUGUUUAAUAUAACCUUAAUCUCUUAAAAUCACAAGUAAAACUUAAGUACAUUAAACAUUUUAUAUACACACAUCCACAUUUGCAGAAUGCUGUGCAAAUACCAACUAUUUUUUGUUUACUGGGAUCCUAUUUUUCGUAUUCUGAAAUCUUAAUGAGUUUCAUAUUGAAACUCAGAGUUAACUUAGUUUGCUGACUCAUCUUCUAAUUUCAACUUUGUAUCUUGGUAGAUAUUGCAUUUUUUUUAAGUGUUGCUUUUUUAUAAGGUGAUAUGAGCCUUAACCAGAGUAGUGACGUAAAGGAAAUAACAUUUUUUAUUCUAUCCAAGAUAAAAGAAAAGGCAGAGUUAAUAAUAAAACGUGUGUGGAGGUGGUGGGGGAGGUUUCAGACCAUAGAACUGGUCUAAUUUGAUUAUGCACAGUUGGUACUUUCCAUUCAUACUUGUCCCUUUUGUCUUUACAUUAUUGAUUGUUAUCUCUUGGAAAUUCCGCCAAAUAUUUGAUGAUUUUCUCAUAAGUAUGGACGUGAAUGUUUUGGCAGCUUAGCUAUUAAGCUUUAUCCUGGAUUUAGGCAUUGACAACCCUUUUUUUUUUUUUUUUUUAGGAUGGAAGGUGAGUAGUCAUUGGUGAGAGGAAAUUAUUCUGGGCUCAGAGGCUGCCCUGCACUCAAAAAGUCUGCGUAAGCCUUAGAUGGUUUAAUUACUGGAUAAUUCCAGAGGUAGGCCUUCUUAUCUCUGGUUUGGUAAUGAGCAAACAGGCUCUAAGACUUGCCCAAAGUUGCUCAGCUUGUCAGGACUCAAACUGGAGUGGCAGCCCAGGUUUGUGUGUUUCUGAAAGCAGACUCUGCUAUCAGGUUGUGCUCCCUGCACUUGGGAUAGUUAAACAAGGAACAUGGUGUUAUUUAUGCAGUAUUUAGACUCUGAAUGGUCUCCACUGUGGGAGAUCCUUCCUCCAAUGGGCUCUCAAAGUUGUAAUCAGAGUGCAAAGGCAAGGUUGUAGUAAGAUCAAAUUUUAAAGCAGAUCUUUGUUCCAUGGGUCAUGGUCAAUGUAAAGGAGGUGUCUGGAGUAUAGGAGACUGUCAUAUUGUUUUUCCAUUUCCCUAAAGUAAACUCAUAUGGGCGGUCACAGACACACGCACACACAUAUACACACCUAUGCUGCAGUGACACAUGUUAGCAAGUGCUGGCCAUGUGCUAGGAGUCAUGCUGGACUUUAGUGAUACAAUGAAGAACAAAAUAGACUUAGUUCCCAGACUUAUGAAACCUGCAUUCUGAGCAAGGAAGAUGGAGUUUUAAAAAUUCAACCCCUGAAUGAAGAUCUCACUACAAGCCUUGAUGAGCAUUUUGAUGUGAAAACACAUGCACAUUCUCUUACGUGGGCAGAACUGCCAUACAAAGCUCAGCGUGUCACAAAUUUUUUAUUCAUAGAACGGUAAUAUUUUUAGCAGUACUAUUGUUCUCAACUUUGACCUUGGAGGCAGGAUUUAAUAAACCAGGGCAGAAAUUCAUCAAGUUCUGUUGUGUCAGAAAAAUGAAUUAUUAAGGAUGUCUUCCAGAAGCAAAAAUUCAUUGCCUUGAAAUUUUAUUAAUUUUAUAUGGCUGAAAGUUCUGCGAAUUGGUUACUAUAUUAAGGAAUAUGAAAAUCUUCUAGGUUGGUUUUCAAAAAAUAUGUGUGCCAGAAGAUUUUUAAACCUUCGUAAGAUAGGUAUUCUUUUGUCUGAAAGCUUUGGCUGAAUCUGUUAUAUUCUGUUUUCUAGAGAAGCCAUUUGAAGCAGAAUCAAAACCAUGAAUUGUAGAGAAUUAACAUUGACCCUUUGGGGGCUUAUAUUUGUAAGCACCACAGUGUUGACAGGUUGAUGCAAAAAUAAAAGAACCCACAAGAAAGUGCCACCAAGAUUUCUCAGGACUUUCUUACUAACUUUGCUUCUUCACCUAAUACCUUAGGAGACAAAAAGUUACUUUUGUCAUUUUCGUUUUUCUUUUUAUUUCUUUUUACUUUACUAAUCUUUUGAAGAGUCUUCUUGUACUUCACGUCCCCACAUUACCGUGGUUGAAGGGGAACCUUUCUAUCUGAAAUAUUGCUCAUCUUCACAUGCACAUGAGAUUGAAGCAAACGCCAGAAGAUGGCAAAAAAGCAGUGGAUCACAGAAACGUGUGGAGCUGAACCCAAGCAGUUCACCAAGGAUUGGUUUGCAAGAUCAUGCUUUGGAGUUUUGGCCUGUUGAGUUGAAUGACACAGGAUCUUACUUUUUACAAAUGGGAACUGUAAAAAGCUACUGGAGAACAAGGGAAACCCAAUGAUAAAGAAGAAUGCUGAGUUUGAAGAUCAGGGGUAUUACUCCUGCGUGCAUUUCCUUCAUCAUGAUGGAAAACUAUUUAACAUCACCAAAACCUUCAAUAUAACAGUAUUGGGAGAUAGCGGUUAUAUAGUUCCGGUUCUUCUUGGAUCAAAGCUUAACCAUGUUGCAGUGGAAUUAGGAAAAGAUGUAAGCCUCAACUGCUCUGCUUUGCUGAAUCAAAAGGAUAUACUUUAUUGGAUGUAUGAAAAUGGAUCGGAUGUUAAUGUACAUGAAGAGAAAGAAAUAAGAAUUAUGACUUCAGAAGGGAAAUGGCAUGCUUCAAAAGCAUUGAGAAUUGAAAAUAUUGCUGAACACAAUCUAAAUUUUGCAUAUAAUUGCACUGUGACCAGCACAGGAGGCACAGACACCAAAAGCUUCAUCUUGGUGAGAAAAGCAGCCAUGGCUGAUAUCCCAGGCCACAUCUUUACAAGAGGAAUGAUCAUAGCUGUUUUGACCUUGGUGACAGUAGUGUGCCUAGUGACUGUGUGCGUCAUUUAUAGAGUUGACUUGGUUCUGCUUUAUAGACAUUUAAUGAGAACAGAUGAAACAUUAACAGAUGGAAAAACGUAUGAUGCUUUUGUGUCUUACCUAAAAGAAUGCCGACCUGAAAAUGGAGAGGAGCACACCUUUGCUGUGGAGAUUUUGCCCAGAGUGUUGGAGAAACAUUUUGGGUAUAAGUUAUGCAUAUUUGAAAGGGAUGUAGUGCCUGGAGGAGCUGUUGUUGAUGAAAUCCACUCACUGAUAGAGAAAAGCAGAAGAUUAAUCAUUGUUCUAAGUAAAAGUUAUAUGUCUAAUGAGGUCAGGUAUGAACUUGAAAGUGGACUCCAUGAAGCAUUGGUGGAAAGAAAAAUUAAAAUAAUCUUAAUUGAAUUUGCACCUGUUACUGACUUCACAUUCUUGCCCCAGUCACUAAAGCUUUUGAAAUCUCACAGAGUUCUGAAGUGGAAGGAUAAAAAUUCUCUUUCUUAUAACUCAAGGUUCUGGAAGAAUCUUCUUUACUUAAUGCCUGCAAAAACAGUCAAGCCAGGUAGGGAUGAAUUGGAAGUCUUGCCUGUUCUUUCAGAGUCUUAAUCUUCAGAAACGCUGAAUGCCAAAAAGAACUUGAGAUAUUCUGGGGACUGAGCAUAUGAACCUGUUUGUUACAAAGGCUGUAACUCUAAAUAUUUAACUGUAAAAAUCCUGCUCACAAUUUGAAGAUGAAACUUAUCGUUAGGUGGACGGGAAUAAGACUAAAGGUUGAGCUGUGGGCUGUGGCCAUGUGCUCCCAGAAGACCUGGAAUUCAAGAAAUGGAGCUCUUCUUUUUCUCCCUCUUCCACAACUGGGUGCAGCUGCUCAUACUUAAUCCCAUAUUCAGCAAGUGUGAAGCUGGGCAUGAGGCAAAAUAACCUAUGCCUUACAAAGGGCGCAUCUCCAAGAGUUUUAAUCCCAGUGAUUAAUUUAAAUGAGGGGAUUUUAAGCACACGAAGAGGCAUUUUCUGGGGACCAGUGGGUGACAGAGUAACUGAAAUGCUGCUUUCACUCCCUAACACCGUGGAUCUGGUUGUGCAUGGGAUGUGGGAGGAGGGGCUGGCCGGGCCUCAGCCUCAGGAUGCAUUUAAGGUAUCCCAGCCACAGUUGCAGCCAGUGCUUCUUGAAAGCCCAGUAAGGCCCUGCAAUGCAGAGCCUGCUUAUGUGGAUCUAUUUAUGGGAACUUUUUAAAAGGACCCUGGAAUGCCUUUUUAUCUUUCACAAGAGACACAAAUUCUAAUUUAGAGAAUUAACUGGGCCUUUCACUUUUGAUGGUUUGAAACAUUUGUUGAUUUUGUGUGAAUGUUUAUAUCAAAAUGUUUGCCAGAUUGUAUUAGCCAUCGAAGAGCAAAAACAACAACAAAAAAAAACCUGAUAGUUACUUGCUUGGUUUUUAAAAGUUACAUGUUUAAAAUGCCCCUAGCAUGAAGGCAGCAUGGUGUGGUGGUUAAGACAUGGGCUGUGGAGCCCAUCAUGAGCUCCAAUCUUGAGUUUGCUGUUUACUUCUGCGACCUCUGGAACCUUAUCCAAUCUCUCCAUGCCUCAGUUUCCUCAUCCGUAAAAUUCGAAUUUUUGAUAAUUGGACCUACCUCCCAAGGGUACUAAAUGAAUAAAUAUAAGUACUUACAGUGGUUCCUGGCACAGACUCAGCAGUCUGUCAGUGUUGCCAUGACUAUUUUUAUCAUCAUUUUUAAUGAUUUCUUAGAUCGAUUAUUUAGCAGCGGACUAAUGGAAGCUACAGAGCAGGGAAGGGAAGCAGAUCUAGGGAGGACAGCAGUUUUGAUUUGAGGAUGUUUGCACACGUAGAAAAGCAUAUUAGAGAAGCGUAUCUAGAAGGCAAAAGAUAUUUCUCCAUUGAAUAUCUGCCUCUUUUGACAUUGAAAGACACAUGUCUUUCUCCCUAAAGGGAGCCCAGCACUGGGAGCCUUCUUGAUGAGCUCAAAAAUAAUAGCUAUCCAAGAAAAACACUGAGUGACUGUGAAACCAUCAGUUUGGAAGCCUGGUUAGAACACACGGGAGCAACAUGAAUGUUCUACAAAAGUUUAAAGCUGAGACUGUUUCAAAUAGAUGUGGUAGAUAUUACUGAAAACCAAAGAACAGUGGAAUUGUGUGUGCAAGAAUGUGAUUUAAUGUUUGUAGUGCUUACAAUUUUGUGCAACAACUGGAUGGCUAAAAAGGAUAAAAUAAUUUAAUAGCUCAUAUUUUAUGUGUGAAAACGUAUUAGCAAAAAUAUAUAAUUAAAAUAAAUUUUAUUGCUAUAGCAUAGUCUCUAAUACAUAGCAUGAUUUUGCUUUUCUCUUUUAUUAUACUUGCUUUAAAAUAAUUGAAGCAUAUUUUGUAUUAAAUGCAUUUCAAGUUAAAUGUGUUAAAUGUAUAUAUUAGAUGUGUUUUAAAAUGCAUAAAAUACUUUGAAAUACAUUAAUUAACUAUUGUU